GGAUUGAUAUAAGCAAUGUGCUAUAUUAUAUCUUGGUACUUUUUUUUGGCUGUCUUCAGGUUUGGCAUAUUCAAUCCUUCAACUGUUUAUGAUCAUUUGGGAGAAAUAUAUUCUGCCCUUAUUUUCGGAAGCUUGGUUUUUUGCAUUUUAUUAUACAUAAAAGGCCAUGUGGCACCGUCUUCCACUGAUUCUGGCUCGUCUGGGAACAUCAUAAUUGAUUUCUAUUGGGGUAUGGAACUCUAUCCUCGCAUUGGUAAAAACUUCGACAUUAAAGUUUUUACAAAUUGCAGAUUUGGAAUGAUGUCUUGGGCAGUUCUAGCUGUAACCUAUUGCAUAAAGCAGUUUGAAGUGAACGACAAAGUGGCUGAUUCAAUGCUUGUUAAUACCAUAUUGAUGCUGGUGUAUGUUACUAAGUUUUUUUGGUGGGAAGCUGGAUACUGGAGCACAAUGGAUAUUGCACAUGAUCGAGCUGGUUUUUAUAUUUGUUGGGGAUGCCUUGUAUGGGUGCCUUCUAUAUAUACUUCUCCUGGCAUGUACCUGGUCAAUCAUCCCGUACACCUUGGAACUCAGUUGGCACUCUACAUCCUAGUAGCAGGCAUUCUUUGCAUAUACAUCAACUACGACUGUGAUAGGCAAAGGCAAGAGUUUCGCAGAACAAAUGGCAAAGCUUUGGUUUGGGGUAAAGCUCCAUCAAAGAUAACUGCCACUUACACUACCACAACUGGGGAAACAAAAAGCAGCAUUCUUUUAACUUCGGGAUGGUACGUUUUCAGGCUCUGCCAUGUAAAUCUGAACUAACUGGAUUUUUUUUUCUUCUUGGUUAUGAAUGCGGGGGGUUCAUAACCAAGAAG